AUGGAGACGUACCAUGGUUACGUGCGGACUCCGGCCGACGCCAUCAAGCUGUUUGAAGCCUGCCGUCUGGGUUUGCUGCCCCGGGUGCAGCGUCGGCUGUCGGAGAAGGAGAGGCAGUCGAUCCGCUCCGGCUCCGUCUUCGUCUGGGAUGAGCGAGAAGCCGGCAUGCGGAGAUGGACCGACGGCAAGUCGUGGAGCGCCAGCCGCGUCUCCGGCAGCUUCCUGACCUACCGCGAGAUGGAGGGCAAGCGGGGCGGCGGUUUCGGCAGCAGCAGGCGAGGCGCCGGCAAGACGCCCGACUCGGGCCGCGGUAGCGACGACGACCACGACGACGGCGAGCCCGAAGGGUACCGCUACAAGGCCGACGGCCUCAUGAAGCAGUCCUUCAGCAUCACCACGUCGACCGGCCAGCACCUCCACCUCAUCUCGUACUACUCACGGCCCCAACCCGGCCAGCCCGACCUGCCCCAGCCGAGCUCAGACCCGUCGCUGCGCGGAAUCUCGCCCCCAAAGGGCAUGUACCCGGAAUCCAAUCUCGGCGAGACGAUCCAGACGCCGGCGCUCACGCGGACGCCCAUGCAGCAGCCGUACAUGAUGCCGCCCGGCCACGCUCACGGUCACCACCCGCAGCCGUACCCCCCUCACUUUGGCCAGACCGGUUACGCGUGGCCUCCCUCGCCGGCCGUGACGCCGCCGUACGGCCAGUUCGCCCAGGCUCCGUAUCCGCCCAGCGUCCACCAGCUACCGCAUCCUCACUCGUCGCACGCUCCGCCGCCGUCCCAAGCUCCCGCGUACCCCAACGGCUACCCGCACGCCACGCCUCCCGCCUACGACCGCGGCUCCCUGACGCCGCUGCACAGCCAGGCGCCGGGGCCGAUGGCGCCGCUCCAAACCCGACGUUCCUCCCACGGAACGCCCCUGCCGGCAUGGUACGACGGAGCGGCGCAGACGGAGCUGCCGUCGAUGGCAUCGGCGGCCGCGGCCGAGGCGCAGGCUGGCGGCGAAUGGUCACAAAGGUCCCUCGGACCCCUCCCCGCGCUGAAUACGGUGACGCAGGGAGCCUACGCGUCGUCGCACGGCUCCAUGGCGACGCCGCCGACGCGACACCUCAGCGUCAGCCCGCCCAAGCUGCCGCCGGUGGAGAGGCUGCCGGUGGGCGGCGGCGGCCGGACGAGCCUGUCGGCGCUGCUGCACCCGACGCCGUCGAGUAGCGAGUGCGGCAGCGUCGGCGCCGGCAGCCACGGCAGCGCCAGCAGCAGCCCGAGGGCCAAGGGGGCAGGGGCGCCAAGCCUCGCGUCGGAGACGAUCGGCGUCAGCGAGGAUGCGAGGGCGCUGAGAAUGUUGGAUCGCAAGUUUUGUGUGUAG